AUGGCGCCAAGAAGUGGACUGACAGAUGUACAAAAGAAGAAAUCAUUGACAGAAAUUUCUGAUGGUACAGCUCAAAUCUUGCUUGUGUCCCCAGAAGCUGUUAUUGGUAGCAAUGCAUUUGGAAGUGGGAUGUUGCCAGCUGAUCUACCUCCAAUAUCAUUUGCUUGUAUUGAUGAAGCUCAUUGUCUGUCACAGUGGUCACAUAAUUUUAGACCUUCUUAUUUACAACUUUACAAAGCCUUGACCCAAAAACUUGGAGUGAAAUGCAUUUUUGGUCUGACUGCAACUGCAACAAACAUAACAGCUAAAGAUAUAAUCUCUCACUUAGGUUUGGAGCUGACUGAAGAAUCCAUUGUUGGUCACACAAACAUUCCUCAAAACUUACAUCUUUCUGUAUCUAGGGAUAAAGAUAAGGACAAGGCCUUAAUUCAGUUGUUGAGUGGAGAUCGUUUUCGAACGUGCACUUCAAUCAUAAUUUACUGUAUUCGUCGGGUGGAGACAGAAAGACUUGCUGCAUUGAUUCGAACAACCAUGCAAGAUGAAGUGAUUCCUAGUGAAGAACAACCAGCCAAAAAAGCCAAAAAAUCAAAAAAAAGAUGCUUUGCAUGGACAGUUGAAGCUUAUCAUGCAGGAUUAACUGCACCUAGAAGAAGAUCUAUUCAGAAGCAGUUCAUGUCAGGGAAACUACGUGUAAUAGUUGCAACAGUGGCAUUUGGCAUGGGUGUUGACAAGUCGGAUGUACGUGCAAUCAUUCACUACAAUAUGCCGAAAACCUUUGAAAGCUAUGUUCAGGAAAUAGGACGAGCUGGCAGGGAUGGCUUGGAUGCACAGUGUCAUCUCUUUCUUGAUAAUGAGUGUAAAGAUCUGUACGAAUUAAGGAGGCACAUUUAUGCCAAUGGAACUGAUCGCCAUGCACUGAGAAAACUGCUGCAAAGAGUUUUUCAGCCUUGUAAAUGCUCAAAAUUGAGUGAUGACUCGUCAAAAGUAGAAAAUGUAGAAAAUCAGGCAAAGUGUUCUGUUGAAUGUCCAAAGCAUGAAGUUGCAUUUUCAAUUAGUGAUACUGUACAAGAACUUGACAUGAAAGAAGAAAAUAUAUUGACACUGCUUUGUUAUUUGGAGUUAUAUUCUGGCAAGUGGCUUGAGAUUCAACCAUAUACUUAUUCAACUUGCACAAUCAGAUGUUAUGGCGGACCAAAGCAGAUGCAUUCAAUAGCAUGUAAAAGUCCUUCAGUGGCAACAGCCAUUGCUUUGGAUGAAAGGCAAGGCAAAAAAUUUGAGAAGACUUCUCAUUACCAGUUUCCAGUAGUCCAGGUUGCAUCUUUCAUGGGUCUCAAAUCUUCAGCUGUCAAAAGGGAACUAAAGGGCUUAGCAUGGAAUGAACAAAAACGUAAGACUGGAGUCCUGGUGGAGUUCUCUGACCUUGCAUUUCAUGUCCUUGCCCCUGGGAAUCUCUCAGAAGAUGAGCUUGACUCUAUUCUUGAUUAUCUGCAAAAGAAAGUUAUGACAUCAGAGAAGCAAGAACUGGAAAAUCUCAAUUCUCUGUUUUCAGUUUUUCAAAAGUAUUCCAGCGCUCAUUAUUGGUCAUGCUGCGACGAAGCAAAUUUAGAACUAAGUCAGAAAAUUAAAGAAGCUGUAAACACAUAUUUUACAAGAGAUGAAGUACCACUUGAUGAUGUGUUAGAUUCUACUUUUACAGAAAAUGAGCCUACAGAGGACAUGUUGUUGUAUGCUAGAUCACAAAUACGGGACCUGAUCUGCACCCAUCGUGACCAGGAAUUCUCCGGUCGAGCAAUAGCUCGCAUAUUCCAUGGAAUUACAAGUCCUUGUUACCCAUCUGAAAUUUGGGGAAAAGUAAGAAAAUUCUGGAGGAGCUUUCUUCAUAUUGACUUCAAUAUUUUGCACAAAAUUGCCAAUGAAGAACUUAAAACCUAUAGAUAAUGGAAACUGUUUUUAGUUUUUAUUUCCUGUCAUUUUAAAUGUCCAUUCUUCACAAAAUGUUCAACUGUAAUUGUCAUUGAUUGUACAAACAUACAUAGAUGUUUUUGUAAAUG